AUGUCAAAAGUGAUCCCCAGAGCGAGAAUCAUCAAACCAUCGUCCAGCUCUCCAACGACCAACCCAACAACAUCAACAACCAAUGCCUCUCCUCCUCCAUCUGCUAUACCACCAACAACAUCAACAACCAAUGCCUCUCCUCCUCCUCUUUCAAAUCAAAUCGAGACAACCAAUAUUGGUUUCACUACCAACGUCGGACAAGUGAACUCGUCUCCACAACCCAACCAUUACAGUGGUUCAACAUCAACUACUACAACAACAACCACAUCAUCGACACCUGAAAAACGUGGAAAUCUCACUACGACUUCACGUAUCAAAACUGUUGCUGCUUCUCAACAACAACCACCCAAAGAUAUCUCUCCAUUUGAUGACCAUUCUGAUUUACAAUAUCUCUAUUCAUCAGCUGGUAUUUCUCUUUCAAAAGAACAACAAGUAAAAUUCGACCGAUAUUCAAAGAGAAUGGUGUUGACAAGAACAUUAGAACAAUUUAGAUUAAUCGCCUUCGUUAAACAAAUAUUUACCAAUUACGUGAACCCAGUCACACUUUGUAUUAUAUACCAUCGACAAAAUUUUGGCGAAAACGUUAUGGCUUUGUUUGAUGACAGCGACAUGUUAACAGAUUUGUAUCCGUUGACAAGUGACAAGGCCUCAGUCACCAUAUGUCUAAAUCCAAUCACAUUUACAGAUCUAUGCUUAAAAAUCGAUUGCCAUGACGAAAAAGGUUCAAACACAUUUUAUUUCCAAUGUGAAGGUGAAAUGCAGUUGUUAUCAAUCAUGUCAGCGUUCCAAAAAGCUUUACUUUACAAUGGACAAGAUGCCAAAUACAACAAACCAUCCUUCCACUCACUUGUAUCAAAAUAUUCACACAAAAAACCAAAAAACCCACAAAAGACACCCAUUCCUUUUUCAUGGUGUGAAAAAUAUGUCGCGAGAUACUCAAGUAAUGAAGAUUUGAAUUUGAGAAAGACCACCAAAAAUCCCUUGCUUAACAAAAUAUUACUUGGAGACGAUUCAUCGAGUGACUCUUCAUCUCUUUCUUCAUCACCAUAUGGAUCUUUGAGAUUUGUGAGUUCAAGUAGAAGAAGAUUUGAAGACCAAGAGGACGACGGUGGAUUGGCAAGUCGUCACAUUGUCAACUCUGAUGAUGAACGUAGUGAGGAAAUUGUUCCUCGCUUCGACGACGACGACAAGUACUUCACAAAGAGAGAACCAGUAAGUCCGACACUUCAAACCAAUAAUUGGUCACAAAAACAAAUUGUGGCCGAAACAAGAACUUCUCCUUCGACCACUUCAUCAUCCACACGUGUGCAAUCUCCAACGAAACAACCAACAUACACACAACAAGAAGAAGACAAUGACGGUGACGACGAUUCAAAGAUUUCACAUUUCUCCUUUGCAAAUGUUGCAACAAGCAGAUCUGGAAAGACUGAUCAAUCAUCAUCACCUUCUCCCUCACUUAUUCCAAACGAAGACCAUGGUGCCGUUACAAACUCACCUACAAGCACAGCCAUACCAGCAGCUGGUAAAAAAGUCAUUAAGCGAAUGGUUAAAAGAGUGCCAGCCAGGAGUGGUAGUGGUGAUGGUGGCAACACAACCACCGAAUAA